UGGAGCAGUGCGUGCGGGAGCUGGGCAAACUGGACAUCCUGGUAAACAACGCGGCCAUUCAGAACUACCGCACCUCCAUCACGCAGCUCACCGACGAGGACAUCGAGGCCACCUUCGAGACCAACAUACUGGGCAUGUUCUACAUGGCCAUGGCCGCCUCCAAGGUGCUCCCCCUGCACUCCAGCGGCUGCAUCAUAAACACCACCUCCGUCACCGCCUACGCGGGGGAGGCACACCUGCUGGAUUACUCCGCCACCAAGGGCGCCAUCACCGCCUUCACACGGGGGCUGUCGCAGCAGCUGGCGAGCAAGGGCAUCCGUGUCAAUGCAGUGGCCCCCGGCCCCAUCUGGACUCCCCUCAUCCCCGCCUCCUUCCCGCGCACCGCCAUGCUGACCUGGCAGAAGCAGGUGCCCAUGCAGCGCGCGGGGCAGCCCAGCGAGGUGGGUCCCUGCUACGUCUUCCUGGCUAGCGACGACGGCAGCUACUUCAGCGGCC